CGCCCGUUCAGGUCACGUGAAGAGGAUGAGCCGAAUCAGCAGGGGUGUUCCCAGUCACGUGCCCCACUAGUCUCGCCCCCUCGGUUCGGCUGCGCGCGCAGACCCUGCACCUGGCAGUGGCUGCUCUGGGCUCCUUGUCACCAGGACAACCGGCCCCGCCGCAGCGCGUUUGCCAUGGUUUUCUCAAACAGUGAUGAAGCCCCCAUUAACAAAAAGUUACCCAAAGAACUUCUGUUAAGAAUAUUUUCCUUCUUGGAUAUUGUCACUUUGUGCCGAUGUGCGCAAGUUUCCAAGGCAUGGAAUGUCUUGGCUCUGGAUGGAAGUAACUGGCAAAGAAUAGAUCUUUUUAACUUUCAGACAGAUAUAGAGGGUCGUGUGGUGGAAAAUAUUUCCAAAAGGUGUGGUGGGUUCCUGAGACAGCUUAGUUUAAGAGGAUGUCUUGGUGUUGGAGACUCCGCUUUGAAGACAUUUGCACAGAACUGUAGAAAUAUUGAACAUUUAAAUCUAAAUGGAUGUACAAAAAUUACUGACAGCACGUGUUAUAGCCUUAGCAAAUUCUGUUCCAAGCUGAAACAUCUGGAUCUGACAUCCUGUGUAUCUAUUACAAACAGCUCUUUGAAAGGUUUAAGUGAGGGUUGCAGAAAUCUGGAACAUUUGAAUCUUUCCUGGUGUGAUCAGAUUACGAAGGAUGGUAUUGAAGCACUGGUGAAAGGGUGCAGUGGACUAAAAGCACUAUUUCUUAGAGGUUGCACACAGUUAGAAGACGAAGCACUGAAACACAUUCAAAAUCACUGUCAUGAACUUGUAAUCCUGAACUUGCAGUCAUGCACACAAAUUUCAGAUGAAGGCAUUGUAAAAAUUUGUAGAGGAUGCCACAGACUUCAGUCAUUGUGUGUUUCUGGUUGUAGCAACCUUACAGAUGCUUCUCUCACAGCACUUGGUCUAAACUGUCCGAGAUUGAAGAUUUUGGAAGCUGCAAGAUGUUCCCACCUGACAGAUGCAGGUUUUACACUUUUAGCACGGAAUUGCCAUGAACUGGAAAAGAUGGACUUAGAAGAGUGCAUUCUGAUAACAGAUAACACAUUGAUACAACUUUCUGUUCACUGUCCUAAACUGCAAGCGUUGAGCUUAUCUCACUGUGAACUGAUCACAGAUGAUGGGAUUCUGCAUCUGAGCAACAGUACCUGUGGUCAUGAAAGGCUCCAGGUUCUAGAGUUAGACAAUUGUCUUCUUAUCACCGAUGUGACCCUGGAGCACCUAGAGAACUGCCACAGUUUGGAGAGAAUUGAGUUAUAUGACUGUCAGCAAGUCACACGCGCAGGAAUCAAAAGAAUAAGAGCUCAUUUACCUGAUGUGAAAGUUCAUGCCUACUUUGCUCCAGUCACCCCUCCUCCUUCUGUAGGAGGUAGUCGACAGCGACUCUGCAGGUGCUGCAUUAUUCUUUGACAGUAGGAGCAUCAGCAGAGGAAGAAAGAUUCAUUUAAUUAUGGAAACAAAAUCAGACUGCAAGUGGCUUGCAGAGUGUCAGUUUCUUAACUGCCGUAGGAGUGAUGUCACAGUCAUCCAAUUUUGUGCUGGUACUGACUCAAGAAAGGUGUUUUCGCAGGUAAAAAGUCUUAAUGUUACAUGUGGAUGUGGAGUAACUGAUGCUUUUUUUUUUUUAUGGUAUUAUAUCUACUCCACCAUCCCUGCUGUUGAUAUGACAAUCAUAGUACCAUUUGCUAAUGUGGACUGGGGUAUUGCAGAGUUGUAGAUGCUCAGUGACAGCCCCAACACUGUAAGCCUCACUAAUCCUGAAUAUUAGUUCCUAUUUGUAAGCAUUCUUCAGUGUAAAAAAAAAUUCAGGGUCUCUUAAGCAUGAGAGUCCAAACUGCUGUUGUACAAUACACAUAACCAAUUACAUCACCAGGUUUAAGGACAAAUCAGCUUUAGUAGAAGUUGACCAAAAAAGGGACAGUAAUAAUGAAAAAUAGCUUCCUAUUUUGCUACAGCUUUAUUUAAUUUCUACAAAAACUCCCAACAUGUUAAGAGGUAGCAGACCUCUUGAAAACUAUUUAAUUUGAACUUUGUUAUAUACAAAAGUACUCGUUGAAUGGUCUGUAUAGAAUAUUUCUCUUAAGUGUUACCAAAUAGGUUAGGAUAAGAAAGGUAUGGCAGUUUGUGCCCUGUACACAAAAGGUCUUUUUAUAUGCUCUAGCUGAGUAGGUAGAGCUGUUUACUAUAGUGGAUGAAAUAAUAUUAUGUAUGAUACUUCCCCUCAUUGCCAUGGUAUUAAAUAUAUUUAAGUAAACUCUGUAAAAAAAGGCAUUAAUACCCCUCAGAGCUGUUUAGGGUUAAUUUGCCGUGAGACAGAGCAAGGAAUUGAAUGCUGGGCUCCUGCAUCCCAGGCCAGUACCCUAACCAAUGAGCUGAGUGGUUAUCAACUGGGGAUCCUAGACUAUUCAGAUCUGCAAAUGAAAAAGUUGAAAACCCCUGGGCUAAGUAAUUUAACGUAGUUGACAUGGUUGAGUAGAUUGAGACCCUGAACAAGCAGUGGUUUCUGUUCCCUUAAAAACUGAAGCCAAACUUUUCAGAAACUGAGAGCAUUCAACAUGACAAUUACAUUUAAUACCUUAAUUUUUUUUAAUCUGGUAGGGUGACAUCAGUAGGGACAGAAUUUCAGCUGUAGAUUUAAGCCUUCUACAAAGGAGAGUGAAAUCUGAAUGUAAAACCACAACUCUAACGGGGAGCUAUGUUUUUAUAUUAAGCCACCUAAAGAAAUGGUUGGUGUGCACAGUCUCUGUGUACUCACUUAGGUACCCAGGCUCAACAGUAACCCUUUAAAGGAAAAUAUCUUGGGCUUAAAAAAGCCUGGUCAACUGAUAUAGUGUUUAAAUCCUGGAAAUAUUGCCUUACUAUUAUGGGGAAUGUUUAGAACUACAUGUUUUAAAAUGUGAAAAUGUAAGGCAGCUUUUUACAGCUGCAGCUCUGCAAACUUAAGAUACUGAACAUAGCUGAAAAUCUAUAUGAAUACGGUAGAAAGACCUAGUAUUAAACUUUGGUGGUUCAGCUUUGUAGCAACAGCAAAAAUUCCUAGAUUAAUUUUCAUAUUAUGAAUACACUUGUAUAAAUCCAAAUUUCUAAGUGGGAAUCUUGGUAAUACAAUUUUCUUAGCAGAACAUUGGGGGAAGACCAAAAUUAAAUGUGAACUCAAUGCAACUUGUCAGAAUGAGUAGUGUUUGGCUCAUUUUUAUGGAUAUUAUUGUGAGGCUUUUAUGGCAUUAAAGUUGUACAAAAACCAAAAUUUAACACAUGCCUACAUUAAGAAAAAUUAUAUAGGAAACAAAUAAAUGAUCAGCUGAUAUUUACUUGAACUUCUAUUUCACUGAUUUCAAAAAUUAAGGAGCACUGCAAGCCAUUACUAUUUUACUCUUAAAAAGUAUGGUUUUUGUCAAGCUGAAAUUGAGUUUUUUCAAUUUGUUUUCUAAAAUAUUGCUGGGGGGAGCAGAAUUAGCUGCUCUGAAAUGCAUUGCUCCUACUAACAAUGUUAAUUCUAUUUUAGCAGAAAAAUAAGCACAUUUACAAAAUUAUUGAAAAACAUUUAUUUAUACUGAAAUUGAAAUGUGUACAUCUUAAAACAAAAGCCAUUUGCUGGUGCCAUAAUUUAAUUCCAAUUUCAAGUGAGCUGGACAAACGACUUAUACAGUUCCUUUAAAAUGAGAUCACUAGUUGGAUACUUUCCAAUCAAGGAUUUUUCCACUUUUAUAAAACAUUUAGGAUUUGAAAAUGGUGCUGAGGUGAAAUGACAAUUGUCAGUUCAAUAAACUAUUAAGACCCAACCAAUACCAAAAGAUGAACAAUUUAUAGGCAGAAGAAACUCGAACUUAAGUCCACAAAAUUCCAUUUUAUCAGUGUAGAAAAACAUUUAAGUUCGCAGAAUUGCUAGAGCUUUAGAAAGGCUUUCUUGGUAAGCACUUUAAAGAAGGAAUUAAAUAAUAUCAAAGUAGCAUUUUGCAUGCUGUAGUAGUUUUUGUUCUCUAUAAAUGAUUUCACACUACAGCAUUCAAAACUUUCAAAUUGAUGGGGGAUACUGAGAGUUAAAGGGGAAUUUUUUUGCCUUUGAAAAAUCUUCCCCAGAGUACCUAAUUAAUAUACUACUACCCCCAUAUAACACAAUCUGAUACAAGGCAGGUAAAGCUCGGACACACUGAUCUAAGGGGGGCAGGAGCUGUGGGAGGACACUGUUGGGGGCCCUGGCAAGGGAAGCUGAGCAGGCUAGGGCUGCAUCACUGUUUCCCACCACAGGUGAAUGCCAGUGGGGGUGGGGAGAUCCUUUCCCCAACCUUCCCACACUCAUCUGCAGCAGGAAGUGGAGCAGAACAGGCUGCUCUGCUGCCCAUGAGUGCCAGGGAACAAGGAACAGGGGGCCAAAGCAAGUUUGAUAUAACGCAGAGAGAUUUUUUUUUUGGUCUCCCGAGGACUGCGUUACAUCAGGGUAGAGGUGUAACUCAUACCAUAAACUCUAAGUGGACAUUAAUAUUAAAAUGUUUGUUUGAAUUUCACUGCCAUAGAUUUGACAAUCUCAAGGAAAAACUCAUCUUUUGACAUAAGCAAUAUGAUUUUUCAAAAUCAAGUAUUUGGUCAUAUGGAAGAGGCAGUGUAAAAAAAAAUGUACAGAAUCAAUCUGAGAAUAAAGAAAUCACAGAAAAGGGCAAGAUACCUGCCCAUAAAGAGAAUUAAGUGAUGGUAUAUUUAGUGUUUCUUGAGCAACGUAAUUGACAGUACUUAAAGCUGGGUUGUAGCCCCUUUGUGCCAAAUUUCCCUGUUAGCACAAUUCUUGCCUUGGCUCCCCCCAAUCAUCAUUACUGGCAGUUUGUUGUUUUUAACCCCACCAUUUUAAAAAGCAAAAAAACCCCACAGCAGUGCUUCUUAGAGAAACUGGAAACUAAAACUUAAGGAUGCAUAGGCAAUUCUUUUCCAUUAAAUUUGUUAAAAGCAAAACAAUUACUUCGUACCCCACAGGAUUUAUGUUAAUCCUUUCAAUAAGGUACUGUCAAUAAUGCAGUUUGCUGCAUGCAUAUAUUGCAUCUGGCUAGGACUUAUUAAAAUCCUAUUCUGGCAUUUACAUUUCUUACGUACACUCUUAUACACAAUUUACACAGGGAAGCUGUUUUGACAGCUUUACUCUCAAAGACCCCACAACCUGAUCACUAUCAUCUUAACUACUCGUCUCCACACAGAUUACUAUGUGCUCUGCUAACAUCAAAAAAUAAAAUCAGCAUAACGUACAAG